GGGACGCGGGCGGCCGGAGCCCGGGAGGCUGGGGCACGCGAACUGCGCCCGCCUGCACACCUCCAGAGGCCGAGCAGGUCAUCAGUCGGGUCUUAUCUUCCAGAUCCGGAGGACCGAGGCUCCCGGAGGAGGAACCGCCCAACAUGGCAUCGGAGAGUGGAAAGCUAUGGGGUGGCCGAUUUGUGGGUGCUGUGGACCCCAUCAUGGAGAAGUUCAACUCAUCUAUCACCUAUGACCGGAAACUGUGGGAGGUGGACGUGCAGGGAAGCAAGGCCUAUAGCCGGGGCUUGGAGAAGGCGGGGCUCCUCACCAAGGCUGAGAUGGACCGGAUACUCCAAGGCCUGGACAAGGUGGCUGAGGAGUGGGCCCAGGGCACCUUCAAGCUGAACCCCAACGAUGAGGACAUCCACACAGCCAACGAGCGGCGCCUGAAGGAGCUCAUCGGUGACACCGCAGGGAAGCUGCACACUGGCCGGAGCCGCAACGACCAGGUGGUCACAGACCUCAGGCUGUGGAUGCGGCAGGACUGCUCAGCCCUCUCUGCCCUCCUCCGGGAGCUCAUCAAAACCAUGGUGGAUCGGGCAGAGGCGGAGCGGGAUGUUCUCUUCCCAGGCUACACACAUCUGCAGAGGGCCCAGCCCAUCCGCUGGAGCCACUGGAUCCUGAGCCAUGCGGUGGCCCUGACCAGAGACUCUGAGAGGCUGCUGCAGGUACAGAAGCGGAUCGACGUCCUGCCCCUGGGGAGCGGGGCCAUUGCAGGCAAUCCUCUGGGUGUGGACCGGGAGCUGCUGCGAGCAGAACUGAACUUUGGGCACAUCACGCUCAACAGUAUGGACGCCACCAGCGAGCGCGACUUCGUAGCCGAGUUCCUGUUCUGGGCCUCGCUGUGCAUGACCCACCUCAGCAGGAUGGCCGAGGACCUCAUCCUCUAUGGCACCAAGGAAUUCAGCUUCGUGCAACUCUCUGAUGCCUACAGCACUGGCAGCAGCCUGAUGCCCCAAAAGAAAAACCCCGACAGCCUGGAGCUGAUCCGGAGCAAGGCGGGCCGCGUGUUUGGACGGUGUGCUGGGCUCCUGAUGACGUUGAAGGGUCUUCCAAGCACCUAUAACAAGGACUUACAGGAGGACAAGGAAGCUGUGUUUGAAGUGUCAGACACCAUGAGUGCUGUGCUGCAGGUGGCCACUGGCGUCAUCUCCACACUGCAGAUUCACCGUGAGAACAUGGAGAAGGCUCUGAGCCCCGACAUGCUGGCCACCGACCUUGCCUACUACCUGGUCCGCAAAGGGAUGCCCUUCCGCCAGGCCCACGAAGCUUCUGGCAAAGCCGUGUUCAUGGCCGAGACCAAGCGGGUCCCCCUGAGCCAGCUGUCGCUGCAGGAGCUCCAGACCAUCAGCCCCCUGUUUGCAGGUGACGUGAGCCACGUGUGGGACUACAGGCACAGCGUGGAGCAGUAUGCGGCCUUGGGUGGCACGGCGCGCGCCAGCGUGGAUUGGCAGAUUGCCCAGGUGCGAGCACUGCUGCGGGCACAGCAGGCCUAGGCCCCGCCCCGCCCCCACCUCCAAUAAAGACCCUGAGGGGGUAUGUGUCCUGUCCA